UCGGCUGUUGGUUUUAAUUUAUCACUUUGUUUUCUCCAGAAGCCCAGUCGGUCGAUGGUGCUGCUCUGGUGCCUCCUGGCGGCCACAUUCGCUUACUGACUCACUCUCUCACUCUCUCUCAGUCGAUUCAGCAGCAGCUCAAACCUCCUGUCAUGCUUGAGGAGGAACACACUCACACACACUAGCCGGACUGAACUGAGCCCUGCCCAACCUCAAGAGGAGGCUGUCCGGGUGUCUCUCCUGCGAGCAGAUCCCGCCGGAUCCCCCGAUUAUCCCCAGAGAGCCCGUGAUUCUCAGCGGCGGCCACAGACAGACAGACGAACAGCCAUGGAGACCCGACUGUCCUACAGCUAGCCAAACUGCUAUCCGACAGGAGCCCGAAAACAUGCGCUAGACAGGGUUGUAUAAGAAGACUGUUUCCUGUUUUCACUGGAGUGACACUGCUGUCACUUCUGGCCAUCAGCGGCUGAAGAUGCAGACUUUCCUGAGAGGCAGACGAGUGGGCUAUUGGCUCAGUGAGAAGAAGAUGAAGAAACUCAACUUCCUGGCAUUUGCGGAGAUGUGCAGGAAAAGAGGCAUAGAAGUUGUUCCGCUGGACCUGAGUCAGCCAUUAGAGGAGCAGGGGCCCCUUGAUGUCAUCAUUCACAAGCUGACAGACCUUAUCCUGGAGGCCGACCAGAACGACACCCAGGCCCUGCUGCUGGUCCAACGUGUGCAGGAUUACAUUGACGCUCACCCAGAGACCAUCAUUCUUGACCCACUUCCAGCCAUUCGAACUCUGCUGGAUCGCUGCAAGUCCUACCAGCUGGUGCACAGGAUAGAGGACUGCAUGAGAGAUGUGCGGAUCUGUUCUCCUCCAUUUAUGGUUCUGAACAGUGAGUGUGGUCCAGACACACUGAAGCAGAUCGAGCAGCAUGGCCUUACAUUCCCUUUCAUUUGCAAAACACGGGUUGCUCACGGAACUAACUCUCAUGAGAUGGCUAUAAUAUUCAGCGCUGAGGACCUAAAGGACGUGAAGCCCCCGUGUGUCAUUCAGAGUUUUAUAAACCACAAUGCCGUGCUGUAUAAGGUGUUUGUGGUGGGCGAGUCGUAUACUGUGGUGGAAAGACCAUCACUCAAGAACUUCCCAUCUGGACCGUCUGACAGAAAAGCGAUUUUCUUCAAUAGUCACAACGUGUCCAAGCCAGAGUCAUCCUCUGACCUCACAUCUAGAGAUAAUGUAGAAGGUGUUUCCCAGCCACCAAACGAUGAUGUCAUCAGGGAACUGUGCAAGUCUCUGCGGGAAUCUCUUGGGGUUUCGCUCUUCGGCAUCGAUGUCAUCAUUAACAACCAGACAGGCCAACAUGCAGUCAUUGACAUCAAUGCAUUCCCUGGCUACGAGGGUGUUCCCGAGUUCUUCAAUGACCUCCUGAAUCACAUCAUCAGUGUCCUCCAAGACCCCUCCGCACCUUCUCCUCCAGGCCAGAUGCCCUCUUUAGGGGCUGGAGAGCGCAACUGUUCCCCGUCCCAGGAGUGCUGCAGCUUGCUGGGUAAGGAGUCAGACAGCAGCCCCUGGAUCGUAGAGGGCGACGGGGGUCUGAAAGCUCCGCGUCAGAGACUGGGCUGCAAUACGGCCAUGUCCCCCAACUUCCAACAGCACUGCGUGUCCACGAUAGCCACUAAAGCCUCGUCACAAUGACUGCCGUCUCCAUACUGUCUCCCCGCCGCCCUUCCCUGAACAAAUUGUGAAGACAAAGUGAAUAAUAUACAGUAACAAUAAUAACUGUUAUACUGAUAAUAUAUCUGUAAUCAGAAAUAAACUAUAUUGGGAAUAAU